UGCAAGCAAUAAUAGCGGCAUGUUUUAUGGUACAACCAAUAAUGGCGGCAUGUUUUAUGGUACAACCAAUAAUAGUAACAUGUUUUGUGAUAAAGACAGUAAUGACAGCAUGUUUCAUAAUGCAAGCAAUAAUGAUAAA